AUGACAAUCUCAGUCUUCCAUAUUACUAUCGAUGGUCCACAAGGCAUGGCCUUUAGGUCUUUUCCCAGCACUGACUUGGAGAAUGGCGACCCUUCCAAGAUUCUUUUGUCCAUGAUUCGUAACACAUGCUGCAUUUCGAACAAGCUGUUCUUUACCCUCGAUGGCAAAAGCCGUAUUGAUGACAAAACCACUUUGGCUUACUAUAUGUCACUGACCUCCGAGGGUCAAAAGAUUCUAAAGCCUGCUGCUGCCACUGGUGCCCAGCCCGACAAUAAAGAUGGAACAGGAGACAAGGACAAAGGUGAUGCCAAGGAUAAGGUAAAAGCUGCCAAUGCCGGUGUCAACAUCCUCACCCUCAAAGUAUCAAACGGGAAGAUUGCGUCUUCUCCAAUAGACCUCCCCACUAACAACGAUGCCUUGAACAAACUCUUGGAUGGCAUCAGCGAGAACAAACUCACAAAGGGAGAUUUGCUGAGCUUCACUGAUCGUGAACUUGCCAGUCUUAAGGCUAACUACGCUACCGUUGCCAGUUCGAAGGUUUUUCCAGAGCCUUCAGAAAUGACGGAAGAGCAGUGGGAUAAAGUGUUUACUAAUAACCGAGCUUUACAUGGGUAUUUCUACGAUUUUGAAAAGAAUAUCAUGGUGAAGGCCCGGAAGCGAGGCAAGCCCACAUUCAAACUCAAGGGCGCGGCUCCUGUUGGUAUACCUCCAGUCGAUGGCGGCAACCAGGAUUCCUCAAAGGAUCUCCCUCCCUUCCCACCAUUUUACGUUGCCGACGAUGCAAAUGUAGGUGUGACUGAGAUCAGGGAUCAGUUCCAACAUACUCUUUCCAAGCAAGGGUUUGACUCCCUCGCCGUCAGCGCAAGCAUUGGCGGAGGUCUUGCCAGCGUUCCUAUCAGCGUUACCUCGUCUUUUGAGAAGGAACAUUCUUUCAGCAACCAAACUAAAAGCUCAAAGGAUGUGAGCAGUCUGGUCGCUGCAUACAAUUUUCCACGAGUGAUCGUCGAACUCGAUCAGGAUUGCCUGGAGCUCACGAAGGAGUGCAGAAGGGAUGCCCUAGCAGUCUCAGACACGAAGUCCAAGGACAAAUUCUUCCGGGACUAUGGAACUAUCUUUGCUUCACAGUUCACACUGGGUGAUUACUUGCACAGUACAAGAAACGUUUCAAGCACUGAAACUUCACAGCUUGAUCAAGUUAAGGAUCGCACUCGAACUGCUGCUGGAUUCAGUAUCCAGAGUCCCAUGGCAAGUGCCAGUAUCAAUGUUGCCAAAGUUGAUGAAAAGUCCCAAGACGUUGGGUCUGCUUCCUUGCUUCAAGAUGUCCGUCUUACUUGGGAUGCCCAUGGCGGUGAUACACUUCUUUGUUCAAACCCCCCGGCUUGGGCAAGCACAGUCAAGAACUACCAGCUGUGGCGUCUCAUGAACCAACGACGCCUCGUUAGGAUGGAUGGCCUAAUUCACGACGUCGACAUUAUAGCAUACAGAAAGCUCGACGAUCCCACAGCAGAUGACUCAUUCAAUACGGACGAUGUCCGUAAGGCGGUGAUCCAUGACACUGCUGCGAAUGUGAAGGCUAGAGUGAACCUCAUGGACGCUUUUACGUCCAGUGGUUCCAACGUCUUGGCGACCAAGAUACAGAGGCUGUAUGAGGACGGACACUACGAACUCGAAGCUAACAUCGAUCCUUUCAACAAACUCUUCAAGACGUAUUUUCCCACAGAGUUAGAUACAUUAAUUAAACCUGGAACUAGGUGGGGACGUCUUACUAUUGACCAGAAAGUCGGGUUUGGAAUUUACCUGGCAAGUCUUGGUCAGGUUAAGGUUAUCUGA